ACAAAGGCGCGUGAAAACAGCCAAAAGUUGAAGCGUUCUCAUCAACAAAACGGUCAUUAAUGACGGGCAUCGGAUGGCAGUCCUCCAUCGGAUUUUGCUGUGAAAUGUGACCUCCGCUGAUUAAUCGUCCAGUUAAUCGUCCAGAGUCAUGUCACAGAGACCAGAGUCAUCUGCACAGAGCUCAGUGUCCUUGAAGAGUGACUGGUCAAAAGAUGGCAACCUUCCAAACUUCAGACAGGAACACACACACUCUAAACCAAGAGUCAUGUCACAGAGACCAGAGUCAUCUGCACAGAGCUCAGUGUCCUUGAAGAGUGACGAGUCAAAAGAUGGCAACCUUCCAAACUUCAGACGGGAAGAUACACACUCUAAACCAAGAGUCAUGUCACAGAGACCAGAGUCAUCUGCACAGAGCUCAGUGUCCUUGAAGAGUGACUGGUCAAAAGAUGGCAACCUUCCAAACUUCAGAGGGGAAAGCGUGUCACCUGAACAAAGAGUCAUGUCACAGAGACCAGAGUCAUCUGCACAGAGCUCAGUGUCCUUGAAGAGUGACUGGUCAAAAGAUGGCAACCUUCCAAACUUCAGACGGGAAAGCAUGUUACCUGAACAAAGAGACGACUGGUCAAAAGAUGGGGACCAUCCAAUGUUUAGAGACGACCGGUCAAAAGAUGGGGACCAUCCAAUGUUUAGAGAGGAAGACACAUCAUCAAAAUUCAGAAAGCACAAGAGGAGUCGUCAACCAGACAGCAGUGGCCGGAAUGAGCAGCAGGAUCUAGCUGCUGUAUUCCAGGUGCUUGAGAAGAAAAUCAACACCUUUGUGAAGAGCGAGCUGCAGAGACUGAAGAGGAUUCUUAGUCCAGAUUAUCAAGAAGACUUUGAGAAGAGAGAAGAGGAUGAGCGUGAUGCCAGAGAAGGAGCUUUCAAGAUGGCACUGCACUUCCUAUGGAAGAUGGACAGAGGGGAUCUGGCUGGCAAACUGAGAGAAAAUGAGCUGGAUGUACUUUGUCAGGAUGAGAUGAAAAGAAAUCUCAGGACCAAAUACCAGAAAGUGUUUGAAGGAAUCCCCAAACAAGGAGAAUCUGCUCUGCUAGAGAAGAUCUACACAGAGAUCUACAUCACUGAAGGAGGAAGUGGGAAAGUAAAUGAGGAGCAUGAAGUCAGGCAGAUUGAGUCCAGAUCCAAGACGCCAGCUGGACUGGAGAAACCAAUCAGAUGCAGUGACCUCUUCAAGCCUUUACCUGGUCAAGACAAACCAAGCAGAAGAGUUAUGAUGAAGGGUGUAGCUGGCAUCGGCAAAACCGUCUCCAUUCAGAAGUACAUCCUGGACUGGACAAAAGCCAACAAAGACAACAAAGAGAUUCACUUAAUUUUCCCUUUGCCUUUUCGGGAGCUCAACCUCUUGAAAGACAAACAACACUCUUUGAUGGAUCUUCUUCACCACUUCUUUCCAGAGCUGAAGCAGUUAAGGUUUGCCAACCAAGAGAAGUACAACAUACUGUUCAUCUUUGAUGGUCUGGAUGAAUGUCGACUCCCACUUGACUUCCAGAAGAAUGAAAGUUGGUCUGAUGUGGCGGGUGUCACAUCACUGGAUGUGCUCCUGACAAAUCUCAUCAAGGGCAAUCUGCUUCCCUCUGCUCUACUUUGGAUAACCUCCCGACCAGCAGCAGCCAGUCAGAUUCCUCCUGAGUGUGUUGACCUUGUUACAGAGAUACAUGGCUUCAAUGACACACAGAAGGAGGAGUACUUCUGGAAGAGGAUCAGUGAUGAGACUCUUGCAAGCAGAAUCGUUUCUCACAUUACAUCCUCAAGGAGCCUCCACAUUAUGUGCCACAUUCCAGUGUUUUGCUGGAUCACUGCUUGUGUUCUUGAGAUGAUUCUCAGCUCUUCGGAAUCAAAACAGCUUCCAAAGACUUUGACGGAGAUGUACACAUUUUUCCUGAUUUUUCAAACCAAACAGAAGAGCCAAAAGUAUGACGAUGUGCAUGACCCUGACCCACAAUGGAACCAGGAUCUUAUCCUUGAUCUUGGGAAGCUGGCCUACAACCAAUUGGAGAAGGGAAAUCUCAUCUUCUAUGAAGACGACAUGAGAGGGUGUGGCAUUGAUGUCAGAGAAGCAGCAGUACGUUCAGGUGUCUGCACCCAGAUCUUCAGAGAAGAGUCUGGAAUCUUUCAAACAACAGUGUUCUGCUUUAUCCACCUGAGUAUUCAGGAGUAUCUUGCAGCUCUGUAUGUGUUUCUGAUGAUGGCAACCAAAACGAAAGAUGUGCUGUCCGUACCCCAAUCUCCUCCUGGGGAAGAAUCCAUGACCAUCCUACACAAGAAUGCUGUGGACAAAGCUCUGGAGUAUAAAGAUGGCCGCUUUGACCUCUUCCUCCGUUUCCUUCUUGGUCUCUCUCUGGACUCCAACCAGACUCUCCUGCAUGGCCUACUACAGAGAGGACAGAAGCAGACUGGUAAUGAUAAAACAAUCAGUUACAUCAAGGAGAAGAUCAGAGAGGUCCCUUCGUCAGAGAGGGUGAUCAACCUCUUCCACUGCCUAAAUGAACUGAAUGACCACUCCUUAGUGGAGGAGAUCCAGAGCUUCCUGAGUGCAGGGACACUUGCUGAAUCCCAGCUCUCCCCUGGCCAGUGGUCAGCUCUAGUGUUUGUGCUGCUGACAUCAGACCAGAUACUGGAUGUGUUUGACUUGAAGAAGUACAUCAGAUCUGACAAAGGUCUCCUGAGGCUGAAGCCAGUUGUGGAGGAAUCCCAAACUCUCCUGCUUGAUAGCUGUAGUCUAAGUGAAGCAAGCUGUACAACACUGGCAUCUGUCCUCUGCAACGCAUCCUCAAAAGUGAAGAAAUUGUACCUCAGUGGCAACAGAAUUGGAGAUGUUGGAGUCAAAGAACUUUGCAGUGGAUUGAAGAAUCCAAAUUGUGGUUUGGCAACACUCAGACUGUCAGGCUGUAGUGUAACAGGAGAAGGAUUUGCUGCUCUGGCCUCAGCUCUCCAAUCAAACCCCUCAUCACACCUGGAGGAGCUGGACCUGAGAGGAAACGACCCUGGACACUCUGAAGUGAAGCUACUUAUUGAUUUAUUACAGGAUCCUGCCUGUAAACUACAGACACUGAGGUUGUUGGAGAGUGAUGCUGCAGACCAGGCCUGUGUCUAUCUGACUUCAAUUCUACAUGAAAACCCUUUAAUGCUGACAGAGCUGAAUCUGAAUGGGAAGAUACCAGGAGACUCAGGAGUGAAGCAGUUCUGUGCUCUACUGGGGGACCCACACUGCAGAAUCAAGUCUCUCAGGCUUGAUAGCUGUAGUCUCAGUGAAACAAGCUGUAAAACACUGGCAUCUGUCCUCUGCAACGCAUCCUCAAAGGUGAAGAAAUUGGACCUCAGUGGCAACAGAAUUGGAGAUGUUGGAGUCAAAGAACUUUGCAGUGGAUUGAAGAAUCCAAUCUGUGCAUUGGAAACACUCAGAUUAUCAUGCUGUGGUGUAACAGGAGAAGGAUAUGCUGCUCUGGCCUCAGCUCUCCAAUCAAACCCCUCAUCACACCUGGAGGACCUGGACCUGAGAGGAAACGACCCUGGACACUCUGAAGUGAAGCUACUUAUUGAUUUAUUACAGGAUCGAGUCUGUAAACUACAGACACUGAGGUUGUUGGAGAGUGAUGCUGCAGAUCAGGCCUGUGUCUAUCUGACUUCAAUUCUACAUGAAAACCCUUUAAUGCGGACAGAGCUGGAUCUGGAUGAGAAGAUACCAGGAGACUCAGGAGUGAAGCAGUUCUGUGCUCUACUGGGGGACCCACACUGCAGAAUCAUGACACUCAGGUUAGUAGUUUAAUUAGUUUG